GCGUUCGGUGCAAUGAUGGUUGUUGACGUCUCGUUACUGUUGGAGUUAAUACAACAAUACCCAUUCCUCUACGAUAAACAACGCAGCGAUUUUAAAGACAUAAAGAAAAAGAACAACGCCUGGAUUCAAAUUGCUGAAACCCUUAACUGUAAUGUGGAAGAAGUGAAAACUCGAUGGCGAACACUCCGGGAGAAGUUUACGAAGGAGAUAAGAAACCAUGACUUAAAUACGAGAAGUGGACAAGGCCAGGAAGACACCGUUGGGAAAUGGGAGUGGUUCGAUAGCAUGGCGUUUUUGAGCGACCACGUCAAGCAGCGAAAAACUACAAACAGCAGCCUGACAAAAGUUAGCAACAACAAUAAUGGUACUGAAGAGGGCACGGACGCAGAAUUAGCGGGCAACAAAGAAGAUGAAAAUGAAGACAGAAGCUUAUUGCCUCCCUGUUCAUCAUUGUCUGGGGAAAACCAUCAAACACCAAGGGCGAGUAUGAAGCGGAAACAGUGCCAGGGAAAGGACUCCGGCAUCGAACUUGAGAUGCUGAAGACUUUGAAAGACCUUGACAAACCACAACAGGACGAUGAAGAUGACAUUUUUUGCAAAGCCGUCGCAUGUGAAUUAAGGAAAGUAAAUGAUACUCAAGAGAAGCAGAAGAGGAAGGCAAAAAUUUAUUUAAUUGCUACAGGCAUUGAAUUGUAAUACAUAGUUUCUUAAUAAUAAUAGUUCAUAAUU